AUGACAGAGAUUUGUGUUAUGAAUGACAUGACGAGGACGGUAGUGAAGCUCCACUGCGCAUUCAAAUUGGGAGGGGACUCGACUGACGAGGAGAUUCCCGAGGAUCGUUUCAUUGAGGCUGCGGUAGGGGCUGCCUGUAAGCGAUUUCUCGGCGAGAUAGGCUCAAAACGUCUCGAGUGGAGUAUAGGAAGCGUUAGUGCCACUCCUGAGUCCGCAGCUGGGGAUUUCGUAGUGUGUAUCGAGGUUCGGGAGGCUGGGCGGAAGAGAACCAAGAGCAGAUCGAAUCGAUCGACGGAGCGUUUGCGUCCCCAUCAGCUGUUGUGGGCUUCCCUUACGGCGCUUCGGUCUAUGGCCUCAAGACCAUGUCGGGUAUGUGUCGUUAAAGUGGAGGAAGGAGAUGCUCAGGCGAUGGAAGGCGGUGCUCCUUCGGGAGGAUUGAUGAUGAUCGAUUAACGUAAAUUGAGUUACUGUU